GAAAAAUCACGAGCGACCCACCGGGCAAAUGCCCUGGUCUCAGCCCGCUCAGAACACCGGCGCUACAACACCGCCUGGGAACAAACUGCUCUUCAGCUCUUGUUUUGCUCUGGAUGCACUUCCGGGUUUCACCGGAUGUUCCUAAGGAAUAUUGCAGCGCCCGUUGGGUACACUAUCGGACUGUGGAAAAUGUGUGCCUUCUGUGACUGUAAGGUGCAGGUGUACACGUCCGUGGGAAAUCUUGUUGCUGUGCCUUACCCGUGGACCAUGAUGGAGCAAAGGAGAGCCUUAACUAUUCCAUUUACAGUGGGCAAGGAUAACCUGAUGGAAAAUCCACUCAGAAUUCCCAUGACAUGUCUUUCAUCAGAGUAUGGAAAAUUAGAAAGACAGGUUUCCUGGACUGCGUUUGCAGAUUGCAAAUUCAGAAAUCGCAAGUCACCGCAUAAAAACGGAUCCACGAAGUUUGAUCACAGCCAUGCAGCUAUGAUCGCACUGGACAUGGACAGGAGGAAGCCUCUUCUGAUCCUGACAGAUGUCCUGAAGACAAAAUUCGGCAUGGAGUAUAUGGAAAGGACAAAAAAGACUCAUAGUGCGAAGAACAGAGGACAAACGCCAAGCAGGCAGAGGGAGAGCGGUCAGUGUAGAGAGGAAACACCGACCUACAGAGACACUAGAUCCAGUCAGAGGGAAGCCAGGAAUAACAGGAGCAAGAGUGUGACACCCAAGCGCAACCAGAGGACUGUCACUCCAACCUCCCAAAGGUUGAGCCUUAGAAGAAGACCACAAAAUGUUGACAACCAAGAGGACAAAGAAGAAAGCAAACAUAUCGAGGAGGUGAUAAUAGGCAAGGACAACACAGAAGAUGACAGAUUUGCUGAAGUUGUAGACUGUGGGUUGUCUUUGAGCUGGGAGCCUGCUGAGGAUAUAGUGUCCUGUGACAUCAAAGACAGGUGGACUGAUUCAGAAAAAGAUGCACAGCCUAGUCUGAAGAGGAAAAGAAGGGAUUCGGCGUCCCAAUGCAAUGGAACGGAGAGCCCCAAACGCAACCGCGAGAGCGUUCUUCAGCUCACAGAAGAAGAUGGAAGAGAUGGAGGAGCAUUCUCUGCACCCAUUUGUCACGAGGACAGUAGAGAGGAUGGUGAUUUGGAGAGCUUGGAGCAUUGCAUAGUGCAGUUCACAGUGGGUGAAGACAAUGGAACAGAAGUUCUUGUCCCAGUCAUCAACCCUGAUUUGGAACGCGAAGAUUUUACUGGCAGCCCAAGACAAAGCCUAUCAUCCACACAGGACAACGGGAAUCAGAUCAGUCCCUCUGAGCCCAUUGUGCUGUCCAGUGACGAUGAGGAGGGUGGAGACGUUUCUCAGGGCUGCAGCCAAGUCCGCACACUGGUCGCUGUGGAAGACGCAGUAAUAAAGGGUCAGUCGUCACAGGAAGCUGAGGCCAAACAGCAACACACUGCUGACAUGCAGGUGUUUGUUGUGCACAACACUACUCUUCCAGUGACUUCAGCUCCCAGUUUAAAUAUAGACUAUUCCUGCAUGGAGUUGCCCUUCUGUGGUCUGCACUGUGGAGUUUAUCAUGGAAAAGCAAAUGGACCCAUCGCGAUAGAGGAGAAAGAAAUCAUCAUCCCACUCAAAGACACCAGUGAGGAGCUGGAGGUGAAGUUGACCUUUGAGCGUUUGGAGCUGAGGAGGUACAGUGUUUGGGAGCGACAGGAACUGGAAGAACGACAGCUGCACUUUAAGGGUGAUGAUGAGCCCACACCUGCUGCUGUGCUGCUAUUUUGUGUGUCAGAAACUGCUGCCGCUUCGGUACAGCAGGACCUCUGCCUGCUGUCGGCCAAAAAAGAUGGAGCUGUGAACACUGGGAAAGCCAGCCCUUUCAUCCUGCUGACUCUGAGAGAACCUCUGGAGGGAAUGGAGGGAGCUUUUUUGCGCUCUCUCCUGGACAUUGUCUGUCUCAAGACUCUGGCAAAUGAACAAACCAAUUUAAGGCACAGUACAGACAGAUUUAGUGAGUUGGGAGACGUUCUGUCUCCUGUUCUUUCUCUGGAUGAUAGCAUAGAGCUGAUUAGAAGAACUGGACUAGACUCUUUCCUGCUCUCCAUGCUGGGUGUGACAAACACGGACACAGAACCUGAAGAAGACAAAAAGCCCACAGCACAAAAGACAGACUCAGUUUUAGAGACAGAGAUUGCACCAGAGCCAGACACAGAAGCACCUUUGCUCAAACCAAAGCCUGAUCAGGAAGAACAAAGGGUUGAAUGUCCCUCUGAUAAGGAGAAAGAGGAACCGACUCCUGUGUAUACAAUGUGCCAUCGUAGAACCAGAGGAUCCUACUCUGUGUCACUGUGUAAACCAGGCUCCAGCUGGACUAAAUAUAAACAUCAGGGUCUGGCUCACAGGUUGAUCCAGUUUCCUCCUCCGCCAAUGAAAGGAGGAAUCACUGUUACAAUGGAGGACCUGCAGUGCCUUGACAGUGGGAAAUACCUUAACGAUGUUAUCAUUGAUUUUUACCUCAAAUACCUCCUCCAGAACGCAUCUGCUUCAGUGGUCGAGCGCUCCCACAUUUUCAGCAGCUUCUUCUACAAGCAGCUGACGCGGCGGGACAAUGCCAGUGAAGGUGGCAACAGCGACUCCUGUCAGAGACAGAGGCGGCACCAACGCGUGAAGACAUGGACACGACACGUCGACAUCUUCAAAAAGGACUUCUUGUUUGUACCUGUCAAUCAGGAAGCUCACUGGUAUUUAGUUGUCAUUUGCUUUCCCGGACUGGGUGAGCCUAAAAUCGAGGGCUGGACAGGAAAGAGCAGCGACGUGACGGAGGAGUCUGAGAGUCAAGAUGAUGCGCAAGGAAGUAAAAGCUUUAAUGAUGAUGUGGAGAAAUCACAUAUGCGCAGUGACAAUAUAGACACAGACACAGAAAAUACCCAGGAAGAAUUCGCCAAAGAUUCACCACCUAAUCCAGUAAGUUGUACAGAGCUGACGUGGCAAAAGAAGACAGUUUGCAAAAGGCCGUGUAUUCUUAUCAUGGAUUCCCUUAAACUUUCUCUUCAUGAACGAGUCUUCAAACUGUUGCGGGAAUACUUGCAGUCAGAAUGGGAGGUGCGUCGUGGGUCACCGAGGGACUUUGGUCCUGAUCAGAUGAAAAGCUCACACUGCCACGUCCCCCUUCAGGAUAACAGCAGCGACUGUGGCCUCUACCUGCUACAAUACGUUGAGUGCUUUUUGAAGGACCCCGUGGUGCACUUUGACCUCCCACUACACCUAGAACAAUGGUUUUCACGGCAGCAGGUGCGAAGGAAGCGAGAUGAAAUCCGAGAUCUUGUACUUAACCUUUACCGACAUCAGAACCUGGAUAAUAGACUAGGAAAGCAGCUGAGCGGUUGAGCACAUCACAUUCCUGUAGCCAUUAAAAAUCACUGCUCAUACUGAGCAACGGUCA